UCUGGAUGCAAUGCAUUGGAAACACCACGAAAGCACGCUGUUUCUGUUCGUUUUCUGGCCAAUCAGGAUGCUUGAUUCGGCCUUCCCUUGGCCGAAAGCUUCGAUGAUAUACCGAGAUGAUACAAGUCAUAGAGACAUGGUGAGGAAGUUAUAUAGGUGUUGAGGCGUCUUCCCCAACUGGAAGGAUGUGAUUGCCAGCGACUGGUGAGUGUCCAAGGGUAUCGUGGGUGCUUUUGGCGGGCAAACAUCGGGAUAUCGGCGGUGGUCUGCUGGUUGAUUUGGGUGUAGACGAGAGGCGAUGAUACUUAAAGGAGCUCUUUCUUUGAGCUGACCUUGCCAAAACACCAGCAGAGCCAAUCGUAGCAACUAUUUUAUAUCGUGCUCAAGUCCUUUCACUUCCAUCUUGUUCACCUUUUCCGCUUACCGCAAAAAACCCAAAACCCCAGAAAAAAAAAAACUUAUAAAAUGUCUUUGGUUCCGAUGACCCGUCCGGCUAAUGGCCUGGGCACUAAUGGCAACUUGAUCAAUGUCCAGUUAAACCUGUUCAAAAUUUCGAUGUCCCCCACCAAUAACUUUUUUCACUACAAUGUCGAAAUCUUCUCUGCCAAGGGCACCAGUCCGCCCAUUGCGAUGAAGAAACGCAUCUUCAAGGAUAUCUAUGCUAAGUUCGCUGACGCGCCCGAUCGUCUUGGCCCGGUCUUUGAUGGCGAUAAGACCGUUUAUAGUCAUAAAGAACUUGACCCCUUGGAGGGUACAGUCAGUGUGGCUAGCUUUAAGCUUCCGCCUGAAAAAGAAGAAUUCAAGUACAUUUUGACGGAAGUAGAACGACCGAAAUGGAAAACCUCAGAUAUAUUUCAUUUAGUGUUUGGGCCUCAGGGGCCGACGAUGCAGAACAGGUCCGAAGGCGAAAGAGGGAAUUUGAUGGGCACGGCUCGUCGGGCCAUGCAAGCCUUAAACGUCGCCAUCCGCUAUCUGUUGGCCGCAGACUGUCCCUCCACCUCCAGGGCCUUCUUCCCCGAUGCCGCGCCGUCCUUGGAUAUUGGUGCCGGAGUCUUGUUGAGACGCGGUUAUAUCACUCACAUGAGGAUCGGAAACACCACGAAUUUGAAGGCGCCUCCGGACAACUUAUUCUUAGCCAUGGACAUGACCUGCGCGACCUUUUUGGACGCCCCUCCGGAGGGCAAUCCCGCCAACACUCUCGCCGAUCUUUGUUGUAAGAUCUUGAAUGUCCAUCCGCAACGAUUGUGCAGCUUGAAGGAGGAAGAUUAUCGCAAGUUGCAUAAAAUCCUCAGACGAUUUAAGAUCAACAUUAUAAGAGGCGAAUCUGAUAAAGGUAUCACUAAGUCUAUCGAUCAUCUUACGUUGACUAAUUCCCGGAGUGAGAUUUUCGAAACUGAUGAAGGAAAGACCUCGGUUGAGGCAUUUUUCCUCAAAACUUGGGGAAGAAGAUUGCGUUUUCCUGAAUUACCAAACGUGGUGACGAUCGGUAAGGGCAAGAAGACGGUAUAUCCCAUGGAGGUAUGCUCGAUUCGAAAGGGUCAACGUUACAUUUUAAAGCUCACCGGUGACCAACAAUCAUCGGCGUUGCGAUUCCAAACGAUUAAGCCCGCCGGUCGUUUCGAACAGAUCAUGGUUGCCCGUCAACACGUCAUGGAUAGCGCUCAUGAGAGACUGUUGAAUGCCUAUGGAAUUAAGAUCGGUCGCACGUUCGUUGAAGCCCAGGCUCGGGUGCUUCCGCCGCCGGUAGUGGAGUACAAAAAUGAUUUGAGAAUUCCGGUGCGAGAUGGUCAAUGGAAUAUCGCUAAGCCAAACUUACAACUUUUAACUUCAAAAGUUCUCAAAUCAUGGGCGGUGGUCAUUUGCACUAAUGCCCACUUACCCGAGGCAGCCCUGAUGAAUUUCUUAGGUGGCUUGAGAACCAAGUUGAUCCAGCUAGGUGUUCAAGUUGCCGAUGCGCCACCUCCGGUGAUCCGUUUAACAGGCCAAGGAACUCCUCAAGUCAAAGAAGCUUUGGAAAAAGCUGGAAAGACCGCUUGGCAAAGCUUCAACAAAAACCCGCCCCAGCUUUUCUUAUGUAUCACAGAUGAUCGUAGCUUUUUAUAUAACAGCAUCAAGGUCGAAGGAGACAACUUUGCAAGUCGAGGCGUCACCACUCAAUGCAUGGUUAUCAAGCAUGUGAAAAAUGCGAAAGAUCAAUACCUUUCAAACUUGGCUUUGAAGAUAAAUUUGAAAAUUGGUGGACUCAAUCAUCGCUUGACUGAUCUUGAGCCGGCCUGUGGCGGCGUCCCGACGAUGAUAGUUGGUGCGGAUUUGACCCACAACAAUCUGUCGCCUAAAAUGAAGCCCUCGAUUGCUGCUUUGGUGGGUAGUUUGGAUCGGACUUUGUUGAAGUAUGCGCCGGCGGUCGGCGUCCAGCCUUUGUUAGAACCAAGUGAUGAGGAUGGAAGACCUCGAUCCCAAGAGCCCAUUCAACUCUUUAGAACUCUGUUGUUCAACUUGCUCCAAAAAUGGGCUAAGACUAAUCCUGGUCCUAAGUUUCCUCGAAGGUUGAUCAUUUUCAGAGAUGGUGUCUCUGAUGGCGAGUUCAGCCAAGUCUUGGAGAGCGAGUUCAAGGCUGCAAAAGCUGCGGUUGAGAAAAUUGCCGGAAAGCCCGACCAAUGCAAAAUCACUUACAUUGUCUGUGCAAAAAAUCAUCGAUUGAGGAUGUCGCCGGACAAUAGAUGCCAAGACAGAUCGGGCAAUGCGCCGGCAGGCUCGGUCUUAGACAACCGGAUUGGAGACCCAUUCCUGUUCGAUUUCUUUGCCCAGACCCAGGCCGGCUUGCAGGGCACCUCCCGACCAACCCGCUACGUGAUCUUGAAGGACGAGAGUAACUCUUCGGCUGAUCAGUUGCAAUCGCUCAUCCAAAUCAUCUCGUCUGGGUUUCAACGCGCUACUAGGAGCGUUGGUCUUGCUACACCUGCUUAUUAUGCGGACAUAGUUGCUUCGCGAGCCAAGAUGUGGUUGAAUGUAGAAGAUGAUGGAGCCUCGACGGUGGCUUCAGUGGCCUCUGGUCGCGACCAAACCGCCGAAGAAAGGGCCCAUGACCUCGGGAUGUACCAAGACAGAAUCAAGUCGAUGAUGAACAAAAUGGAUGCCUUGGACCAGCAGAUGUGGUGGAUCUGAUGAUCAUUGACUAAUAAGUUCUUUUUCCAUUUUUUUUUUCAAGAUUUCAUCUAGGUCUUUUAUUGUUAUCCAGGAAUCAUUGGAUCACCAUCAUCUGAUAUGAAGUACUUUCUGCUCAGAACAUCAAGCAUAAGCAGUCUGUUAUUUUCUCUCUCUCUCAAUAAAUAAGGAUUUGGAUUAGGUUGUACUUUUGUAUUUGUAUUUGCAAUAUCUGGCGUGAUUUGUCUUCUCCAAACCAACCAUUCCACCAGCAGAUUAUGAUUCAAAUAUCUUCCCAAUCUACUCUGUCUCUCUUGUUGUCUUGGUAUCAUUUUCUGGUUGAUGAAGUGACUGAAAUUUGUAAUAUUAUUAUGGAAGUAUGAGAAAAAAAAAUAUCUUGUAAUACUAUGUGUUGGUUGCUUUAUAGGCUUCCUGCGGUGCUUUUUGAAACAAAAACUUGAUCAGUCUUUCUAUUUGCUAUGUAUGAAUGGAUCCUUUCUCCAA